AUGCGCUCCGACUCAGUGCGUCUUGUCAGUACAACUUUUCCGAGUCUAGUAGAUAUUCACAGGAAUAUUCAUGACGCAGUUACAGUGCAAGCUGAGCUCUUGAGAGCUGCUUCGCCACGCGCAACUCCAGUGAUGGCUGGUGCGCGCUCCCCAAUCGCUAAAGCCUCACCGCGUCCUCGCACGGUCGUGUACUUUGGCACGUACACGCGUGUGCUACACCACAGUCGUGGGACCGGAAAAGGUGUGUUCGGGUUUUGGUUGGACAACGACACAGGCUACCUGGCUCCUCUUAAAACUGAUUCCCCGGAGGAGGCUGACGAGUCUGGACUCGUCGUCCGUGCUGACGGGCUACUGUGUCCAGCGUAUUUCUGUCGCGAUCGUGGCCCUUCAGGCGAGUACCUCUGGGCAGUCAAUGAAACGUCCAAGUUCGACUAUGCUCGCCCGGAUAUUUUCGGGUCGGUGACCCUGUUCCGCUGGCUGCGGCGCGAGGGCGGCCUGCUAGAGCGGCUCGGAGAGUUUGCGACCGCGGGACACGGCGCUUGCCAUCCGUGGACGGAUCACCUUGGACGGUUUCUUCUUAUAGCAAACUACUGGAGUGGAUCUGUUGUGGUCUUCCAUAUCGAGCGUGAGGCAGUGGAGCGUGAGCAUACGACGAGUCCACGUCUGCACCUGGUGCAGCAUGUGCAGUUUAUAUCCCCAGUCGAUGCAGUCGACGAGGAAACGAAACCGUGCGCAGCGUCGCUCCUAGGUCUCACUGAAGCGAUGCAACAGGCACAGAAAGCAAAAUCAAGUCUCUUGGGUUUCCGCCGCGAUCGGCAGGAUGGACCACACUCACACCAGAUCGUGGUUGACCCCACCGAGCGCUUCCUCUAUGUCCCAGAUCUAGGAACGGACCGCAUCUAUCAAUUUAUCCUCCGGUUUGAUGAGGUAGCUUCCGAGCUGGCACACGGAAAAGACCAAGAGUCUCUGCGGUGCGUACCGCACGCUGCGUUAUCGGGAAGCGAUGCGCAGUUGUGUACAGAGGCACAGGAUGCUGUCGCUGCGCAUGUACGGGGCACAUCGCCUGGUCCUGAUGAGCAGAACGGUCGCCCCAUUCAAGCGCAGCAGCAGCGUUUCAUCACUCCGGCUGGUGUGGUGUCUGACUACCCGUUCCAAGCGCCCCAGGGUGGCGUACUGUACCAGACCGAGUUCGCACGAGCCACCGGGACGGCGUGCUGUCUCCUGCCGCAUCCCUCUGCGGCGUUCGUUUCCGUGCCGCCGAGCGGUGCGGGACCUCGCCACAUGUUGUUGCAUCCAUCUGGCCGUUGGGCGCUCGUUCUCUGUGAACUGAACGCGACCCUGCUGUGCUACGCCUGGGACGGACCAACGCCAGUGGAGACGGUGCUUGGGCAUCAGACUGCCAGCGGGCUGCUGUCGAGCACGCCUGCGUCCAUGUUGGACUUGCUCCCGGCCCACUAUCGUCAGAGGUACUCGCCGGAAAUACUGCACCAGUACAACAUCUCGUCGGCGUUGCGUCUGCAUCCAUUGAGAACGGAUCGGCUCUAUGCGAGCAACCGUGGACACGACUCAGUUGCGGUUAUCGAGUUCUCCGAACAGAAUGGCUGUAUGCGGAUUCUGCAGUGGGUUCCGUCUGGUGGACGCACCCCACGUGAUAUCGCCCUGGAUCCCCGCGCAGAGUUCCUCUACGUGGCUAACCAAGAUUCAGAUCGAGUAGCGGUGUUCAAGCUGGAUCCCGAUACUGGCUUGGUUUUGUCGACUGGCCACCAUGCGCCAUGUCAUGAACAAGCUGCAGAUGCUGGUCAGAGUGCCGACUUGGGCGCUGCACCAAAUCCCGAACAAGAUGGCAUGUCCGCGGACUCAAUGGAUGAUCUAACGCUUGCGGGCUGCGAACAACGGUGCACACCUUACCAAACGCUCUCGAUCCGCGAGCCUUGCACGGUAUUCGUCGAGGAGGUACCCCUCUAG